GCUAUACCUUUUCCUCCCCUUCUUCAACCUUUCAUUACUGAAGCGUCCCCACUCAUCGUUCAGUCUUUCCUCAAACUGUGGCCCUGAGAUCUUCAUGGAUCAUUGCCUCUUAUUCCACGGCCGUUAUUUGCGUCGCACCUCUGAGCUCAUCGACCGUCGCGCUUUGUCGGCAUGGUGGACGCGCGGCGAUCGCUGAUAAUCGAAGCAAAGCCCAUAGGCCCCGGUUUAAAUGGAUUCUGUGAAUCUGUCCGCUCUCUCUCCCAAGACCUUGUCGCUUCCAGUCCCAACACCCCACUGAAUCGAAUAGAUAGCGAAGUCCUUCAGGAUCACGCCCUUGAUCUGAUCCUAGCGCUGCAGGCUCUUCCUGCCUCUCGUGUUCUCCCAUCUACCAUCAACGCCGGGGAUUUCGACGUACGACGCCUCAUACCACUCUUCUGCGCCGUUCUCGAUAAUGAGACCGAUUCCACUAUAUGGGAGAAAGUUUAUGAUGUAGUCGCUGAACGAACACUGACAACGGUUACCGAACCUUCGACGCCUCCACCAUCGGGUUCUCCCCGUACCACCUCGUUUCAGACACCUUGGACAUUCAACACAGGCAGCUUUGCAGACACAUCCGACCUCAGAAGGAACGUGGAUCCGAUACUCAAGAACGAAGUGGAGGAUAAUCUUAAGAUCGAUCAUCCGGACGAUUUCGAUACGUUCUUUGGGCAAAUUCCGAAGCUUCGUGAGAUAACAACAGCAGUAUUGCAGGGAUGCAAAGGUGCAGAGCUGCCGCUCUUUCAAGAAGAUGUGGGUUGGGUGGAGUGGCCAGAAAGAUGCGAGGAGAUAGCGGUCCUGCAAUUCCUUGGUCGCCAUGUCGACCAGUUUCAACGGUGUGCGGAUGAUCACGGCUUCUGCCCUUCAAAGCGCCCCCGCUGCAUCACUACUCCGAACAAGCCCAUUCCAGGAUCAAUCAGCAAGCGAAAGUUGGAUGUUGGGCUGGCAUAUAACUCAGGCAACGAGCUGGAGGAGAGCAAGGGACACAGCUAUGACUGGUCACACAUCCUCGUCCCUGGCGAGCUGAAAAGCAAUCCGCGAGAGGACAAUCACAGUAGUACCUGGUUGGGCCUCGUGAGAUAUGCCUGGGAGAUAUUCAGCUCGCAAGACACACGGCGGUUCAUUCUAGGGUUUACCCUAUGUGGAUCGAUCAUGCGGUUAUGGGAAUUCGACAGGCUUGGGGUGGUUGGGUCCACACCAUUUGAUAUCAACAAGGAAGGUGAGAAGUUUAUUUCAGCAGUCUUGGGAUUUUUGUGGAUGUCGGAGGAAGAGCUCGGUUUUGAUCCGACCAUAGCGGAAGAUGGCAGAAGGUACAUGCACAUUGAACGGAAUGGUCGGAUGGAGCGGAUCUGGUUGGAUGCGCACAUGAGGCGACAGCGCUCUGUGGCUGGCCGAGCAACAACAUGUUGGAGUGGCUCCCUCAAUGAGAGGCCCGAAGAGGGGCUUCUGCUCAAAGAAGCGACCGGAGCCGGCGCUACGAAUGUGGCACGGUAUUACCAUCACGAGACGGUGUAUAUCAAUGGCGAGGUGGACGAUGUCUCGGCAAACGUGCGGAAAGGACUAAAUGAUACAGUCGGUCGGGAUCCACUUCUACAACGACGGACGGCACAUUCCGACACCAUCACAAAUUCGACGGCUUCAAGUGCUUCUGGUGCAAGAAGGGGUAGAAGCAGGAGUACCAGCCGAACGAUAACGCGGAAGAGGUCUUCGAGCAGUAUUCAGGCAUUGAUGCCGCGUCCCAAACGAUCAUGCUCGGACUCCCCAGCCAAGCAAGAUAGGCAGCGAAGAAAUCGCAGCAUAUACGAAGCGAGUUCUCCCCGUGGCAUUCUGACGGGAUUGCUCGGAGGCAUCAAAGGUCACGAGUCGCUUCUUGAUGCAAAUAUCCUUCACCGAGAUAUAUCAAUCGGGAAUGUCAUGCUGAACAUGGCAGAGGACGACGGGUUUUUGAUCGAUCGCGAGCACGCUUCCGGCGCUCCGAGUAAAACCGGUACCAAAGUAUUUAUGGCGAUCGGUGCCCUGUAUGGCGAAGAUCACAACUUUAUGCACGAUCUUGAGUCGUUUUUUUGGGUGUUGUUUUGGACCUGUAUUCAUUGCACUGGACCAAGCGGGCGCCGUCGCGUGUCAAAAUUCGAAGCAUGGAAUUUUGAGAGCACUGAAAACCUCGCUAAGAUCAAGAAAGGCUCUGUAGACGAAGAAGACAAAUUUACCAAGGAAGUGGAGGAAAAUGUCACGACUUACUGCACUCCAUUAAUUCCUUGUGUUCAGGAACUACGGAAGGUAGUAUUCCCAGAGGGAAAGCGAUGGCUGAAGGAGGAUCGCCAGCUCUAUUCUCGCAUGAAGUCUAUUCUUCAGCAGACAAGCGAUGUGUUAGAUGCCGUAGAGGAAUAG